AUGAGUUUCUCCAGCAACGAGCUUAACUAUAUAGUCUGGCGUUAUCUGACAGAGUCAGGAUUCGAACAUUCAGCGUAUGUAUUCUCCAUGGAAUCCAAUCUGUUAGACAGUGAUAUUGACUGUACCGAAGUAGCAUCAGGAGCGCUAGUAAUGAUGGUGCAGCGUGGUCUUUUCUAUGCUGAAGCAGAGUUUCGGGCGAUGGCGAAUCCUGAUCAUGCUCUACUGCUCGAAGAAAAGACUGAUACUCUUGGGCUGAUUGAAGCUGUUAUGGUCGAACCUCCCCUUAACAAGUUUCGAAUCGCGCAACCGGCUCCAUCAAACAGCGACACCACAACUACCUCUGGGAUGACAUCACCUUCUCGAAAUAAUGGAACUACGCUUGGAGUUCACGGAAAGAAACAACAAGCGGCUCAACAAGCUUCCAAUCUGACAGACGUUGCAACUCCUCGUAGCGCCACCACAGAUUCUAACGGCGUACGUCAUACCGAUGCUUUAGAGUUUCCGGAAGAUAAAGUCCGUUUCUUGAAAUGUCAUAGUAGCGAGGUAUUUAUAUGUGCGUGGAAUCCAGUGGAAGACUUAAUGGCUUCUGGGUCGGGUGAUUCAACGGCUAGGAUCUGGAAUUUGGCUGGUUCUGAAAAUCCUGCUACUCCAUCUAGAGAUUUUGAAGCCCGUACGAAAGUUUUGAAACAUUGCACAUCCGGAGAGUCAGAAAAGGCUCAACAACCAUCAAACAAGGACGUCACUAGUCUGGAUUGGGAUGCUGCGGGUGAUCUUCUUGCCACUGGCUGUUAUGAUGGAUUUGCUCGGAUCUGGACUGCAGAAGGAAGACUCCGCUGUACACUUGGUGCUCACAAAGGUCCUAUAUUUGCAUUGAAAUGGAAUGCCAAAGGAGAUUAUAUUCUCUCAGCUGGGGUAGACAAGUCAACCAUAGUUUGGGAUGCAGUGAAAGGUCAACAAGUGCAACAGUUCCACUUUCAUACUGCAUCUGCGCUGGACGUAGAUUGGAUUACAAACGAUACAUUUGCAUCGUGUUCUACGGAUAAGUCAAUCCACGUCAGUCGUUUGGGUUGCGACAAACCUAUUCGUACCUAUCUCGGUCAUCGAAAUGAAGUAAAUGCUAUCAAGUACGAUCAACAUUCGAAUAGGUUGGCUUCGUGUUCGGAUGACAUGUCGUUAAAGAUUUGGUCUCUCCAAGAGGAUCAACCCGUGUAUGACUGGAAGGCGCACGAAAAGGAAAUCUAUACGAUCAGAUGGAGUCCUCUAGGACAUAUGCUUGCUAGUGCUUCAUUUGAUCACACCGUACGUCUCUGGGAUGUUCGUCGUGGAGAACUUGUUAGGACCCUUUCGCGUCACAACGAUCCAGUGUAUUCUGUUUCCUUCUCCCCUGAUGGCCGAUAUGUUGCAUCGGGAUGUUUCGAUCGAUCUGUGUUCAUCUGGGAUAUACAGACCGGUAAACUACUUCAAAGUUAUGUAGGGGAGAAACGUAAAGGUGGUAUUUUUGAAGUGAGUUGGAAUUCCCGAGGUGAAAAAGUAGCAGCAAGUGCCAGUGACGGAACAGUGAUUCUCCUGGAUGUGCGUCAUAUCAAAAACCGUCUUGCCUAG